AUGUCACCAGAUAAAUCACUUUCAAACAUAUUUGACCCACUUUCUUCCCCUCCACCUCUACCAGCAUCACCCGCACCAGCCUAUACGGCAUUGCCAUAUCGUGACACUGCAUUUCAUGUAGCUCCUCUUCUCAACAACAAGUUGGGUGAAGUAGAGCUGGAGACUUGUGAUGGGAAGAGGUUUUUGGUACAUAAGAAAGUGCUUGAGAGUGAGACUGUCUUUUUCCAUAUUUACUACGGUUUCGUCCCUCUUUGGCGUGUACAAUCUCAACCUCAUAAUCUUGAACCCUAUCAUGUUUCUCAAACCACCGUUACAGCUCCUCCACCAGCUAUCACUUCCUCCCCAUUAAACCUAUUAUGUUUACCUAAAAUCCUUUCUAAUCUUCGUCAUUCCCCUCCUCCUCCUCCUAAUCGUUCUGAAAGUCCUCCUCCAGCAUUCUCUGACCUCCCUCUUCCCCCUCCUCCUCCUCUCCCACCUAAAGACGUGAAUGCACCAACACCAACUACUUCCCCAUACACUUGGGUAGUCCCCGAAACAGCUUCAGUCUUAGAAGCUUUCCUUUCCCUCAUUUAUCCAACGGGAACAUUCGCACCUAAUCAAUUAUCUUCUUUAGAUCUAACAAGUAAAGUCGUACGUGCCGCCAUGGGAUAUCAAUCUUCUAAAGCACUUUCUUCUUCUCGUGAUAAAUUAGGAGAAUUCAUACAAAAUUCUCCUGUUGAAGUAUACGCUUUAGCAUGUUUUUUCAAAUUUACAGAUUUAGCAAAAUUAUCUUCAACAACAGCUAUGAUUGUUCAACCUAAUGAAUGGACACAAGAAUCUAGAGCUUUAAUGGGAAGGUUAGGUGCAGAGAAAUUGUUAAAUUUAAGAGAAGAAAGAUUGAAUGGAUUGAAAAGGAUUUUAGAAAGACAAGUUGAAAAAGAUGAACAUUCUGAUACUUGUGUUAGAAGAGGAAUGAUGGAACAUUUAUGGCAAAAACAUAGAGAAAACGUUAAAGAAGGUUUAAAGGUCGAAAGUGAAUUGUUGGAAUUAUUGACGGUUGAUUUAAGAGGUGGUCAUUGUGGUGAUUGUUUAGUAAGUUUGGGUGAAACUAUUAGGAAAUGUUUAUUGGACGCCAAUUCUUUACCUAAGACUAUUUGA